GGGAAGAAAGCAGUCAGAACUAAAAGUGUACAUUUUACCUUCAACGAGAAAUACCAUCACACACAGUCGCGGGAAAAUACUUCAAAGACGCACUCUAUCACCAUGCCAAAAAAGAAAGACAUUGUUAGAGGUGCUCCUAUAUCUCGAAUCCGAGAAAACUCAAGACUCAUGCACACUCAUGAAACUAUGGUGGAUUUCAUCAAUGGACGCCAUCCUGGAGACUCAAUUUUAGAUGUCUUCGCCUCUGGCUUAUUAGGUUUAGAUUUUUUAAGGACGUUUGAGGGAGAUCUGGACGAUGACAUCAUAUAUACUGAUGAUGAUGAUGAUGAUGAAGAUGAUGAUCGCUUUUAUACACCCACUGUUUCUCACAGGUCUUUAGAACCACAUCCACGAAUUAAGCAACUCAGUGAAGAGGAGGCUGAUAAACAUGCAAAGGAAUUGGUAGAAGACGAGGAAAAGCGUAAGGACAAAACUGAGAGGAACAAGCGUAAGAAAUUGCGUAAAAAACAAAAGAAGCGGUUAGAAAAGGAAAAUGCAGUUAAAGACAAUUUACCUGAGGAAGAACAAGGGAAGUCAGACUCCUCAGAAAAUCCGAAAGACAAUCCUGUUUAUGAAAAUAAUGCAGAAGCAAGAGAAUCUCCUGAACCUGAUGCAACACACAAUGGCACUGUGGCGGCUGGAUAUGAAGAGAACAGUUGUAAUAAUGAAGAGAAAAAUCUUGAGGAGAUGGUUACAAAAGAAGAAAAGGAGCAAAUGGAUUUGAAUAUAAAUAAUUCCCACGCUUCUACGACAAAAUCGGUGCCUGAGGUAUUGUGUAAUGAGAGGCCUGCCAGAGAGAGAAAAAAGAAAAACACUAAAUUACCCGAAGUCCAGCCGUCUGAGGAGGAAAAAACAAAAAUUGUGGCGCAACCUGAAGUUCAAGAGAAGGAGGAGGAGAAAUAUGAACCAAAUACAGAGAAACAAAUGGAUCCUAUUGCAGAAGAGUUAGCAAAAAGGAGCAGAGAGCUUGCUGGUAUGGGAAAUCGUAUGGCUGCCUCCAGUCAGUACGAGAUGGCCGUGAAAUGCUUUACAGAUGCCAUUAAAUACAACCCAAAGGAAUUUAAGUUAUUUGGUAAUCGGUCCCUGUGUUUUGAGAGAAUGCAGCAGUAUGAAAACGCUCUCCAGGAUGCUGACCUCGCUCUCUCCAUGGAGCCAAACUGGAUAAAAGGUUUAUUUAGGAAAGGGAAAGCUCUGUGUGGGCUCAAGAGAUACUACGAGGCCUCGCUGAUCUAUAAGGAGGUUUUGAAUCUGGAAAGUUCCAGCGCUGAAGCCACGCAGGAGCUGAAGCGAGCGCAGACGCUGCACCUGAUGGAGAUGGGCUUCAGCUGGGCGCAGAGCUCCGAGGCGCUGAAGACACACGGCACGUUGGAGGAAGCUGUGGAAGCUCUGUUCGGGGGGGAAGACGGUAAACUCUGUCCUGGAGGUAAACGUCAGGAAAUGUUUCCCACAGCUGGAAAACCACUGUCACUACAUUAUUCUGAUGUCGGGGCCAGUCGGGAGGACUUAGAGCCCCCUGUGGUGCAGGAGGAAGACGACGAUGAUGAGGGCGAGUGGACCGUCCUCCAGGCAAGCCGUCCCAGAAUGCAACAGGUCAAGGAGUCUGAUGCUUGUGGCCACAGCAGAUCCAAUUCUCAGUCGCCUACGCCUCAAUCGAGGAAUGCAAUGAAACCAGAUCUUAUGUCUGUUUGGGUGGGAUCCUUAGCUCCGACUGUCACCUACUCCACCCUGCACGAGCUCUUCAGCCGAGCGGGGACGGUGUACAGCAUCAAGAUGCUCCUGGAGCAGCAGUGUGCCUUUGUGAACUACGCCAAAAAAGAAGACUGCGAUCGAGCUAUCCAGUGUAUCAAUGGCCUGGUGGUAGAGGGCGCUCCGCUCUCUGUGAGAUAUCCCAACAGAUUCACUGGGCUCGGGGCUCCCAGAUCAGCGGCCUCUGACUCCUACACACGCCCCGGCCUGUUCAAGAAGGAGUGUUUCUUCUGGAGGACCUCGGGCUGCACGAGGCAGGACUGCACCUUCAAACAUCUCCCCGAGAACAAGAACGUCGACAAGGACAAGUUCACCAGCAGACUGGGGAACUUUAACAUGUAGGAAAUCAAACAUGACAAGCAUGCAUUGAUUCCUUUGACUUUUGACACAAUGGUGGUGCCAAACCUGGGCUGACUUUAGUCGCCUCUGGUUGCUCUUGGUUUUGGUUGUAAAAAAAUAAUAAAAAAAAGACUCAGAGACUGCACCAUGAAGGCCCAGCAUUGUUGUACAAAUGCAAAGGACACCAAGCUAAAUAUACUACUGCAUCAUAGUCAUAAUUAAUGUACAUCAAGCUUUGAGCAUUCCUUUUGCAAUAGGACUUUUUCAGGGAUUAUUUGUGAUUAAUCUGUUUAAAGAUUGUGUUAAAAGACUUGAUUUUUAAGUUGCUGCUUUGCUUUGUUUUAAAAUGAACAGAUGUUUCUUCAGUGACCAGUAGAUGGCACUGUUACCUUUUACCGCUCAGCUACUAACACUUUAAUUUUAAAGGCUGUGAUAGAAGUAGUUAAGCUAUCAGCACAUUUAAUGCGCCAUGUUUGAUUUUGAAGCUGCUCUGUCAUUUUGAUUGCUGUGUUUGUUUUAUGUGUUUGCUGAUUAUUAUGUCAUUAUUGUUUAUGUUUUGUUAUGCCAUAUCUGCUGGAGAAGUACAGUGAUGUUUGGACACAAAAAAGUGCCUUUUUAGUAGCACUUUAGCUGCAGUUUAUCAUGGGAAAAACAGAGGGAAUUAAAGCCUCAACCUUAUUUAAAUGUCUUGUCAUACAUUAACAUAUUAAGUAAAAGACCUGGACUUAAUAGCAAGAAUAAUAUAGUCAGCCCUUAUGUACAGUGAUAAUUUGUGAGUAGGUUAUUGAAGCCUCAGCAUGUUACUCUGAGUAAUUUGGGAUAUCAGUGAGUUCAGAGGAAGUUUUUCUCCGUCCCACCACUAAAACAUCAGAUUAAUCCCUCCAGCAGCUGUGGAUCCUCUUGCAGCGUCCUUGAGCGGGAGGCUUGUCUCAGGUCAGCCUGAGUUAGAGUAAAGUGCCAGUUAAACGCUUUGAAAAGUAACUAUUGUCCCUGAGAUGUUAUCUGCAGCGAGGUUAUUCUAAGCCUCAAAUGCCUCCCCUGCCUUGUGUCUCCUCCGAUAAUGUGAGGGAUUUUUGUGGAUUUCUCCCGUAAUGCCCGGCAAGUUUUUGUUAUUUGCCUCGAGCAGUUCAAAGUCACUUUUGUGACUAUGCAAUGUUUGGGGUGUGAGUUACACAAUUCUCCCAAAGAGCUGAACCUAAGGACGAGGUUGAAAAGUGCUUAGUGCUGACUUCACAGCUGUACUCCUGGGCAUUAAUUGGCUGAUGGUGGCAUACCUCACAAAGCCCCUCUGAUCUGUGUGAGAUUGAAAGCAUGAAAGGCCUGUAAUACUAAUAAUAUGAACUCUGGUUGAACCCGUAGAAAGCACUGAGACAUAAAAUGGGUCUAUAUUUAAUCGUAUUGGUCUGCUUAGCUCUGCCCUCGCUAGAAAACCUGUUUAAAUGCAGAUAAAACUGAUAAGAGGUUCAUCAACAUCCCGCAGCUCCCGAGGCCAUGCACAAAGCUGAUCCCUAAAGCAAACAUCGGGAAGAUUAAGUGCAUCUUGUUAAAAGGCUGCCUGGUUUGUAGAGCUUUCAACAGAUUCCUCUCCCCCCCAGCAGCAGGAAACAGAACCAGCAGACAUGACAUGUUGCUCUCUCACUCCUCUGUGCUUUCUGAUAUAUAGCUAUGCAGCAAAAAGAAAAAAAUCCUCCUCCCUCUGCAGAGAAGUUUUGAGUUGGGAGUGCAUUGCUUUUAGCGCAGGGAUUCAUAAUCACAUUUUUAUUCUAGUUCUAUGCUUUUUCUCUCCGCUGGUAAAUAAACUAUGAAUGUGACAUGAGGGAGAAGCUGACUGCGUAUCAAACGUCUGAUUGGUUUCUCAGGAAGCCAAAGGAAAUGCCCCCCUGCAGCUUCAUAACCCUCCCUGCAGGCUGCUGUUUGCUUGUACUCGUUUUAAAGGAAUGGCACUUCAAACAAACCAGUGUGUAUUUUGGAGCAACUUAUUUGUGGUUUAUUUAUAACAAAUUCUUGCAGGAACAUUUACAUAGCCAGAAAAUCUAUUCACAAAUUCAGCUUGUUUUGAGGGGUGUGGUUCCUUUUAUAAACUCCAACAGGUUUUGGUUUUAUUUGAAUGCAGACAUUUCUGCCUGAUGUUUGGUCUGUGCUCUGGUUUAAUGUUGGUAUGCUGCUGUGCAAUAGUCAAUAUUCAGCAAUAUUCAAAAGUCUGAUUAAAGACACAACUUAAUGCUGUUAACAAAUGUGUUCACAAGGUGUUGAAAUCUGAAAGAAAUGUUUUUUUAACACUUAAACUUAUUGAUUAUUUAUUAAGGAAGAAUUGCAGUUAUAGAGAAAUGUUCAAAACCUACUUUAUUUUUCAGGAGACUUAAGACUUGUUGAGUAAAAGUUAACUAGGAGACUAUGCCAGAACCAAACAGAAUAGUUUGAGUCCUGUUAUAUAUAAUGCAGAGAUAUAUUGAAUUUUCCUCAAUUAUAAAUCAUUUGCAAGCUCAAGUUUUUGUGUUGAGUUUUGUUUGCACUUUAAAUUAUGUCAGAAAUCUCUUAUAUAAACAUCCAGAUGGUGUCGAAGAAGUGCCUCGUAGUAUUCAUUUUUUUGAAGUGUUGAUGUGUCAUUUGGACCAAACUAUUGUGUCUGCAGAUUGUAAUGUGCAUAAUAUCUGAGAUCAACAAGAUGUUAUGAUGGUGGACUCGCACAAUAGAUAUGGGGGGGGGGGGGCAUCUGCUUCCCUGCUUCCCUGCAGCUUCUCCACAACCCUUUUGCAGGAUUCCUUUGUUGCUCUGUGAAAUGAAUACAGUAAUUGUCACAAUGAAAAAUUGACCUUCCCUUUAAUCUAGACAGAGGCCCCCUUAACAAGUUAAAAUAGCGAAAACCCAAUUAGGGAAUUGAUUGCUUGCUUUCAUUUUCCUCAUUUGCAUCAGGGUCAUAGCGGAAGAUAAAUGAAUGCCUAUUCUUUUGUCCACAUUGUCAUUCCUGGUGGUGCAGUAUCUAUUGCUAAGAAAUGAGCGGGAGAGAAGUCUUUUGUCCACCCUCUUCCACACCAACUCAUCUCUGAUAAUCUGCUGUUAAACACAGAAAGAAAGACUUACAGAAGAUUCAUGAAUCCUCCCUCUUUCACACUGAUGGGCAAAUACAUUACGUUUUUAUGGUAAUUUGAUAAUUGGAUGUAUCUUUUCAUAUCUAUUCAUUACACUGAUAAAACUCAACUUGUAGAGACUUCAAGGAAAUGUUUCUUGUUCUCAACACAUCUUAUUAGACGGACAAAAUCAACAGCCUAUUAUAUAAUGUCUGUCUCCCAAAACUUUACUUUCACUCUACCAAUUGUGUAGCACUGAGCCCUGUUGGUUCCUGCAAAGUUUUGCUAUUAUUACAAAGAUUUCAUUUCUCCAUAAAAGGGGGUAUUGUGGUUUUUCAGCAGCUUUUUGAAGUAUAAAAUGCAUAUGGGACUAUUUCAGCUGUGGAUUAAUACACAUUUGGUACACAGUAUUUAGACAGUAGGAGGCCAGAAGGUCAUAACAGAGCUUUUUAAAUUCUUCUCCAUUGCUCUAUGGGAUUGAUGUGGAUGUUUUCUUGUUGAAACUGAGCUAAGCAAGCUUUAACGUACAGUUUAUCAGACGCCACAUGUUAAAAUAAAAAGGUUAUUGUUACUGUGUCACAGUUUGAAACGCUGUUUAAAGUUGAAAUUGGGUUAGGGUAUUCUUGCCCUGCUGAUAGUUGUUGUCCCUUUUUUACAUAACUGAUGACAGUACAUUUAGAUUGUUUGAACCCAAUAGUUAAGCGGAAAUGCUUUUUUGGAGCAUGCAACCACAAAUUACAUUUUGUCUUAAAGAAGAAACCUCCAUCCUGCGUCGGACAAUGUUCCAGUUGUAAUGAUGUGAUGUUUAUCGGUACAAAACUAAAUCAGUCCAGUACCCUGUUAAUAAAUAACAUCUCCCCCAGU